UUCAUGUUGCCAUGGGCCAGAUCUUAGUGACAAGUUGGCGGGUUGAUCCGCGGAUUUUCCCAUUAGAUUAGUAAAUAAAGCAGGAUUAUGUAGUAUUUAAAAGUACUAGUUUGUACGUUUAAUAGCUAAAAUAAUCAUAAAAAUGGCAGAGAAAAAGUUCAAAGGUUCUCCGUUCGGCACGCAAACUGCAAGGUUUGAUGUGUCAGGUGUACAUCCUAAAGUGAAGGUGCCUGGAACCUUUACAGAAAUACCGUAUGAUAAAAAAUCUAUCGAGGAAUUGAAUCGCCGCAUGGGUCCCGGCUCUUACCAUGUGGAUGUUGGAGGAUUCAAUAAGAAGACAGUAGAUGAAAAUGCCUCUGGACCCGGAUGGGCUCGUGCACAUGAGGUAGAACGUAGUGCAGCAUUACCACAUCUAUUGCAUAAAGAACAAUGGGAAAUGAAAAAGGAGCUAGUCAGGAAACUUGGACCUGGUUCAUAUGAAAUAAAAGAUUUUCUGCAAAAUACUGACCUAAAGCCUCGCAGUGCUAGAGGUAUAUGUGAAACACGUGCAACAAGAUUUAAAGAAUUACAGAAUGAAAUUCCUGGGCCAGGAACAUAUGGUAAAGGUGGUGUACCACAUGCAGCUAGUGAAGAAAAGGCGCAGCUAUCUACAUCAACAGUGGGCAUGCUAGAUGCUGGUUCAUCUACCCCUAGAAAUCUACCUUCUGUUGGUUCGAAACUAGGACCAGGAACAUACAAUUUCAAGAGUUUUGCGGAGCAGACAGUGAACAAAGUUACAAGUGUUAGAGGACCAUAUGAUCUGUUCUCUGGUGAUAGGAAUAAACCAAUCACUGUAGGCUAUCUAGCAGCACCUAAACUAGCCAAUUUGGGACCAGGGCAAUAUCAGUUGAAGUCAUUUGUAGACGGUUGGGAGACAAUUCACAGAAAACGUCAAGGUAAAUUUGGAAAGGUGAAACAGUACCCUGAACAACCUACAGAGAGAAUCUUCUGUAGCACGCUGUCACAGUGUCCGAAAGAAGAGACACAACCGGGGCCAGGUCAGUAUGAACCCGGGGAGUUGACCCGACCGGGAUCUAAGAAAGCUCCAGGCUUCCUAUCCACUGCCCAGAGGAAUGAUAAACUUUCACAGAAAUUCUUCACAAGGAACUUUAAUCCAGUAGGUCCAGGUCGCUAUGACGUACAGAAAUGGGAGGAGGCACAGCAUCAGAAUGGCCACAGCAGUGUGUUCCAAGCAAAGACAGGAAAAUUAUCACUUGCCAUGGAAAAAUUCCUCAAAGAGCGUGUUCGUGGCAAGGAUGUACGUGUAGAAGAUCGUGUAUUCCUAGUUACACCGCAAGCGCCGCCAGGGUACGAUAUGUAUAGAUCAAAAACACAGGAGAACUUCACAAAAUAUAAAGCUAUGACAGUUGCUUAGGCAACUAGCUUUAGCAAUAUAACACUUCCUUUGCUCAAUAAAUUAGUAUAAAAGUUCUUUUUCUAUUUUUCAAAGGAAUAAAUUAUUUUUAAAAAAAAUGAGUAUAAGUUUUUCCUAAUAUAUUUGAAUAGGCAAGUGUUUCAGUAUUGAAGAGAAUUAAUAAAGUCCUGUUCAGAUGUAAAAGAUUUCAGAAUCUGCUUUAGCAUACUGUAACAUGAACUUUCCUGAAGAUCAUGAAUUGAAGUAGCUAUAAUUUGAAGAUUGCAGGAAAUGGGAUUGUAAACUGUUAAUUUUCUUCAAAUGAGUCAAAGAUAUCUUAUUGGUAAUAUAGAAAUGAUUUUUUGAAGAAAAUAUAAGAAAGGAUAUGUCUAGUUUCCGAGAAGUUCAAUUUGUAAUGUUAAAAAAUACAUGUUAAUAGUAAUUUUUAAAAAAGGUUUCUUCUUUUUUUGUGUUCAUUAUGCUGCUUUGUUUUGUACAGCUCAAAGUUUAAGCUUUUUUAUUGUUUAUUUACUGUAGGUAAUGUUGAACAGUUUUAAAAAUAAUGAUACCAGUAUAAUGCAGAUCUCUUAGACAAUUUAUUCUUACUUUAUUUACCGAUACUUUCGGAAUUGUAUUAAGGGCAUAUAGCGCAACUUUAGUUUGAUUUUUGUUUUCUUUUUGCAGACUAAAGUGUAAGAGAAGGUGAAUGUAAUUUAUUGUUAGAUUUGCUCUUAGAGAAAACUGUUGUUAAGUUAGCUAGUACUCUCUUCACUACUUGUUCAGUUUUUAGAACACAUUUUCGACAGGUGGUAGCAGUAGAAUUCCAUUGUCUUUAAAAUUUUCAGUGUAUUGCCACCUGAAAUAAUAGCUUGUCAUUGUAUUUUCUGAAUUGAUGGGAACAGAUUACAGGAGUUUGUCUGUUAUUUUUGGAGCUGUAAAAGUCAUGAAGGGUGAAAAAGGAACCUUUAUAGGUAAUGAUACUAAAUCAGUGGCCUACUACAGUUUUGACUGAUUGGGAAAAGCCGAGUUAAAUGAUAAAGGCAUUUUUAACGUUUUGAACCUUUCGACAUACAAUGUGUAAAACAUGCUAUUCUCUUAUGUUGAAUACUAGCAUUUUCAAGGCCUUUAUACUUAGGAAUUCUGUAGAAUAAAGUAUAAAAGGAAUAUUUUGUAUUUGCUGUCUCAUACUGAAAAGUGUGUCAUCAGCAAAUUUAGGGUUUACACUUUAAAUUUGAGAACAUAACUGCAGUUAAUAUACUGCAACAUUUUUGGGAGUGCAUUUUGCCUUAGCUUGUUUUUGCUGUUUUUAUAAGGACUCCUUUAUUACAUUGAUAAAAUGUGUUAUGUUGAUCAUCUAUUUUGGUAUAUUAUAUUUUCUGUAGGACUAACUUAUUUUACUUUGAUAUUCUAUAAAAUUAAGUUGACAGUCUGUUUUAUAUCACAUUAUAUUGCUCAGCAAUAUUUAGUUUAAAAUUUAUAGAAUGUGUAGAAACUGUAGGUAAAAAUAUUCGAAAAAAAGGAUUUACCUAGAAUUUAUAUAUAUUCACAUUUAGUAUAUUUACACUAUUCAGUAUUAACAACAAAAUACGGAGGUGACCAGUAUUGUAUAUGAUAUUCAAUAUUGUGAUAAAUCCAGUGCAAUGUUACUGUAGUAGGCGCUUGUUGUGCAGUUGCUUUGUGGUGCAAAUAUUUUAUUGUCAGUAUUAUAACAAGCACAUCAUGUAUCAGUAUUCACUUUUAGGUAGCACAGAUAUUUAUAUUUUUAAUCCAAUUUUAGUAUAAAGUCGUGUUAUAGGUUAGGCCUUAACCCCCUCCCACUUGAGAAAAAUGUCAGUAUUUAUGAAAGCCCCAGCCUGCUUCAAAAGGACAAUGUUUGCUGGGUAGGCCCAGACUGGAUUUAUUUCAGUACGUCUUGCAUCAGUGUAGAAAUUUGUACAAACAGUAAAGCUGUAAUAAAUUAUACAGUAUAUGAAUAGCAGGCGAGGUGGGGCACAGAAAAAAUUGGAGUGACAAACUCAUAAAUUUUUUUUACAUAAAUUCUGUGAUAAUGAUGUUUUUAAAAAAGUUGUUGAAGAGAACUGUUUAGUUAUGAACGUUUUAAGAAUUUCUGUGGUAAAGAAUUCUUUAGAUGAUUUUGUUUUGUGUUUUACAGAGGUAGAUUAGAGUAUGCAUAGACAUUAAGGUUGGUACUGUUCUUAAAAACUCUGGACUUGUUCUGCUUUUAGGUUUUGCCUUUCUCAGAAGUAUAUUAUCAAAGAAAUCAAAUAAAGGCUCUUAAUUUUUGAAAUUUUGCACUUGAAAUUAAUAUUGUAAUAUGAACACAAAGCAAACGCAAAAUAAAUAGGCAUUUUAGUUUGACAAAGAAAAUGCCUAAGAUUUUAGCGAAGUAGUUUAACCCUUAACCUGCUGGCGGCAAGUGAUUCUGCCUUUGCGACCAGUGCAGACCAAGAUCAGCCUGCACAUCCAUGCAGUCUGAUCAUGGUCUGCACUGUUCGCUAUUCAGUCAGUAAAUUUUUAGUAAACAUCCCUUCAAAUGAUAAAUGGUACUGCCCAAAUUGGAAGAUGGACCAGUCCAUUAUAGAAAUUUAGCAUGGUAAGGGUUAUUUUAUUUAUCAGCUUAAUGCUUUAUUGACAUACUGUAAAAUCUGGUAAAUAAGGGUAUACGUUUAUGAUAAUUUUAGUGGCCUAUUUUUCAUAUGCGCUUAAAGGCAAGUCAUGUGCACCUAUUUUUGAUAUAUUUGGAAAAUUGACAGUGUUGAGAAAACAAAAGUAAAACAUGGACAUAGACAUGCGCAGUGAACUACUUCCUUUUAUUGCAUUCAGUAUUUAUGUAAUAUAUUCUCAUUAAAGUUUUAGUGUUCAAAUCAUACUCCUUGCAUGUGCAGUACCAAUUCCCACACCUUAUAAAAAUCAACAAUUUCUAAUUUCUUUUCCCUAGAAUAGGAUUUGUGUUUAAGAGGCAUUUUAUCCAUAUUGUUUUCACAGAUUUACACAAGAAUGGCAAACUGUAAUGACAACACAAUUUUCAUUUACCAAGAAUAUUUUCCAUUCAAAAAGCAUGAUUAUCGUAAACGAUUAUUGUUUUACCAGGCAAUAGACGUUAAAAUCUUUUAACACCCAUCGGCUAUUCAACAGGUUAGAACACUUGUCAACUGUAUUCGUGAUAAACAAUUAACACUGUAUAAUACUGUUGAUUACGUCUUUUUGCUGCAUUUGUUGUUUACCAGUAAUCAAAUAUGCGCCUACUUUUGAGACAAAAUUACGGUAAGGGCAUGACACACGCUUAUUAUCCCAUAUGAAAAAAACAGUAAAGCCGUAUGCGCUUAUAUUCGAAUAUGCACUUAUUUACCAGAUUUUACAGUAUUUCAUGAAGUUUUGAGAAGAACAGUUUCAUACUAGUUUAUACCUUAUCGUUAUUUUUCAGUACCAGGAUUAAUUUUCCUGAAAGGUUUUAUUAGAUAGUUACAUGCAUAAACUGUGAUACUGCGUUGUUAUAAAUAUAUUUGUUUCAUAAUGUUAUAUUGUCUAUAUUUGAAGAAAUUACUGUGUGCAUUUUUUGUGUGACCAUUAAAAUGAUCUUGUUGAUAAAA